ACCGACAGCAGCGGAGGUGGGGACCGAACCCGGCUCCCCGGAGCUGUGAGGCAGCGGCCCCUCCCGCUGCACCGCCCAGUCUGGCGGCCGCCGUCCCGCUGAUCUCCCGGCAGACGCGCCGCUCGGCACCGGCGGCGGAUGGACGGGAAACCCUUGCGUCUGAUCGCCGCCACCGACACGGCGCUCGGGAUCGGGCGGGACGGCCGCCUGCCCUGGCACCUGCCGAACGAGUUCGACCGGUUCCUGUCCCGGGUCACCGCCGUCUCAGGGCCGGGCAAGAGGAACCUGCUGAUCUGGGGUAGACACAGUGCAGUCAGACCCUCCCAGCCACUGCCAAACUGCCACCGCGUCUGCUUAAGUAGGAACCUGAGUUGUGUGCCUCCCGGUGCUGAUCACCUCUGCCGAGACUUUGCCAGUGCGGUCCAGCUCGCCUACCUCCCUCCUCUGAGUGAUCACAUCGAAACCAUCUGGGUACUGGGCGGGACACACGUCUAUCAGGAGACCUUCAACAGGACCAGAGCUUCCGCUGUGGCAGAAGCGCCAAUCAUCCAUUUUCUGUCUCAGUUACAGGAAGCCUUGAAACAUCCAAACUGUGACCAGAUUUAUCUGACAAACAUCAUGGCUGACUUCAACUGUGACACUUUCUUCCCAGAAUUUGACCGGGAGACCUUCCGGCUACUGGAGGAGUUUCCUGGAAUUCCAAGUGAAAUUCAAGAGGAGAAUGGCAUCAAAUAUAAAUUUCAAGUCUUUCAGAAAGUUACCAGCCAAUGACCCCAAGCCUAGUCACCUGUGCCCGGUUAAAGUGGUUCUUGUAGACACAGGAGAUUGCAGGUGUUGGAAAUCAGGAGCAACACACAAAACGCUGGAGGAACUCAGCGGUCAGGCAGCAUCGCGUCAAGAGCCUCCAUCCGGACUGGAAAGAAAGAGGGGAGAGCCGGUACAAGUGUAAAUACCUCCACUGAUCGGAUGUUGCUCACUUGCUGGACAUGUGUGGCAGUGGAAAGGACCCUUCAGCAGUGCCACAUGUAGGGAUCAUGUUGUUGAUGGUUUGUUACCGGUUGAGUCUUCCAACUGUUUAGUACAAUCCUACAAGUGUUUGAUGCUUUCUGGAGUUGUCCCAAGUUACUGAAGGCUGCAGGGAGUGGUUCACCAACAAACACAGGGCUUGUCGACUGAACUUCCUGGAUUAACCAGUUUCCUCCUUGGAUGUGUCUGUUUUCAUUCCAAAAUAAAAUUAGGAAAUGUUGAAAACAC